GAAUUGGUCCAGAUUUAAACCAUUGUUAUGGAGAUUUGAGGAGGAGACUGGCAUGGAGAAAAUCCUUGACAAUGGGUAUGAAUGUAGUUGGACGAGAUCACAGUAGUGUUACCCUGACUCCGAACAUUGGGUCAGUUUUGCAGAAUCCAAGUGUUACAUCGCCUGUUAUGACGACACCAGGUGUAACCAUGGCAGACCAGCAUGGAUCUCCUAAUGCAUCUCCAUCUGUUUUAUUAGUUGCUAGCAAAACAGCUGUUUCAGUAAGUCCCCCUCUAUCUGAAGAUGCAAGAGAGUUUGUCUGCGGUUGGGGUGCUGCCUUCAUCAACAUUACAGUCACAUUUCCGAUGAAUAAACUUAUGUUUCGGCAGAUGCUGCAUGGUAUAUCGACAUCUCAGGCUGUCAAGCAGCUGAAAAAAGAAGGGAUGAAAAACUUGUAUAGAGGCAUUCUACCCCCUCUGUGUCAGAAAACAGUCUCUACCUCUAUUAUGUUUGGCAUGUUUGAUCAGUACAGCCGGUUGUUGAAGUAUUAUCACCCGCAAAUCUCUGAUGGUGCAACUCUGGCGAUAGCAGCUACCUUAGCUGGGUGCACCGAAGCUAUUCUCUGCCCUUUUGAAAGAAUCCAGACCGUGCUACAGGACAAAAAGUUUCAUGGUAAAUACCGAAAUAGUUUACAUUGUGCCCGCGAGUUAAGGAAAUUUGGGCUCGCAGAAUACUACAGGGGAUUGUUCUCAAUAUUAUUACGAAAUGGACCAAGCAACAUUCUUUUCUUUGGCCUGCGGACUGAAAUCAAAGAACGAAUACCCACCCCUGACGAUGCAUGGUGGGCGCAUAUCCUAAGAGAUUUUGUGUCUGGUGCAUUUUUAGGUGCAUUUAUAUCAACUGUCAUGUAUCCUGUCAGUAUAAAGGCCCAUCAACAGACACAGGUGGGUGGCCCUUUCAUAUCCAUGCGUGAAACUUUCUAUGAUGUUUAUCGAUCGCGAGGGAGUCGUUUAAGUCGGCUUUUCAGCGGAGCUCAUGUCAAUUAUAGCCGUGCCCUUGUUUCGUGGGGAAUCAUCAAUGCGUCAUAUGAAAUUUUACACAAAUUGCUCUAUAGCUAGCACAGUGAACUCGGGUAAAUAUUUUUUAUAUUGAAUAUAGUUAUAAAGUGUACAUUCUUUUCAAGAAAUUGAUAUUUUUUAUAUGUUUAUUUUCUUUUAUGUUCCACCAUAUAAAGUAUUGAAGAAUGGCAAAACUUACCUUUUUAAUGUUCGUUCUUUGUAUGUAAUACUUUGACACUUCAAUUGCAAUUUUUUAGUCAGCUGACUCCGGGUGAAAUUGUAAGAUGCAAAGUACAGCAUUUUUCCUUAACUUCACAGCAUUUUUACUAUUCUGUUCUUAGGUCAUAUUUAUAGCAUUAAUAAAAACAAAAGACCUAUAAUGUUUUUGGAAUACUAUUUAAUUAGUUGUGUGACGACAACUAACUUGAAUGUAAGUGUAUGUGAUAUCACUAAGUAAAAUUAUUUCAUUGAUAUAAGCUGGAAAAGUUGUUAAAAUACAAUGAAAGCUUGUGUACAUUUAAAUAUUAAAUUGUGGAUGAAUUUCUGUACAUUUAUGUAUAUAAAAUACUGUGUUGACACUCAAAGCAAAUGUACAAAUACAUAUUUAUUGUGUAUAAAGCCGUAAAUGUUGGUAUAAUUGUGCAUCCAAAGUGAAUGUGGUCAAAAGUAAUUGAAGGAUUCUAGUCGUUGAAAUACCUGCAUUUCUUGAAUUCAGUUUUGUGGUUGUUGAUGUUCGCAGAAUAUAGUAUUCACUAUGGAAGUACGUACUGGAUAGGAUUCUGAAAGCUUUACCACUAGAAGAGUUUAUAUGUAAUGUUCACAUCAUGCAGGAGUAGGUUUCUCUGUAUUUUCGUAGUAUAUCUGUGCUAUUAUAUAUUUAAUUUUUUUCCUGGAAGGAUGCAUUUAUUUCUGUAUGCUGUUAGAAUUAUGUUUGAAAUAGAUGUAAGCAAAUUAA